GCGCUGAUGGAUGUACGAAACGAACGCCGUUGCUGGACGCUGAAGUCGAGGUUAACGCCGAAAAUUGCACAACUCGCUGUUGAUCGAUACUGCGAAGGUCUGCUAGUCGAUCUAGAUCAAUCGAUGGCGUUCAAGUUGCCUGUGGGAGGCUGGCGAGUGGGAGCAGGUUGCGAUGCGUGUUGGCUCCCGAGGAGCUCACAGCUUGCACCGUACACUAACUAACUCCACCAGUCCUAUGCGGCUGUGUCCCAACAUGCUCAUGUUGAAUUACGCCCCGUUUAGACUGACGCUUGGUCGAAUUACGGCACUCACCACAGCUGCCUCGUUGGAGCGCAGGUGUCAAUGGUAUGGAGGACCGACCUGCAGCGCGCUCAUCACUUCAUUUCCAUCUCAUCCUCCUCACUCUUCUUUUUUUCUUCUCUCGAGUAUCUUCCCGAUUCUUGUUUCUUCAUGAUGCCGCUUUUAUCAUAGUGAGGCGAAAAGGAGACCGGCAUUGGCGAGCAUGUCUGCCAGCUUACGGCCAAGUCGUUUCAGCCAUGCCUGCCGCCCUUGCGCACGUGCCGAGACGACGAAUCAUCAGAACCAAGUGGUGCGGGAAUCCAGGGCCGCCCCCCGUCCUGCUGCUUGACUGGAGGAUGAGGCCUGCACACGCGGCCCGUAGAUUUAGCAAUACGACGAGCGCCCGAAAAAGAGCGAUCCAGACGCCGCUUCUUCACCGCUUGUUACGGAGGUAUUGCAAGCUCGGAUCCCCAUCUCAAAGUUGCAGAAAAGAGCAUUUAUCUUGCACCGCCACUAGCUACGAGACUGCCGCUUUUAAACGAUACUAAUAUUGCCUCAUGGCAUGUUUUCGUCGCAAAGAUUGACCUGUGUUGUGUCCCAAGCCUUGAACGCACGCCGCGCUUCAUUUCUACCGGGAAACGGUUCUUGUGU